CUUCCCCUCUUGGAGGUGGCCAGAAACCAGAUCCUGUUUGAGUCCUCAAACACCGUGAUACCGCAGGCUCUCAGUCCCUGGUUUUUGGCUCCAGGUUUUAUUAUGUUUUUCCUUUUUUCUCUUCCUUAUUUUAUAUAGUGACUUAAACGCAGCCCUUCCUCAACAACACAGGUUGAUUCAUCCGCUGAUCUCUUCCUUCUUCUGCUCUUCUGUUUCUUCCUCGUCAGCUGAAUAAUUAAAGACCCCCUUCUUUCUUUCCUUGCUGGGAUGUCUUAAAAGAUGAAACUUGCAUACCUGGGAAGUGAUUGUCUCUUCACACGACUCUCUCCCUCUCUCUCUCUCUCUCUCUCUCUUCGUGGGAUUGGAGUGGACGCUUCGAUGGUCAUAGUAAAUGAGGGAUCUCGGUUCCAUCCACACGCCAUAACAAAUGUGUAGCUGAAGCCAACUUGUCGUGCCUCGUCGAUUUGUCCGAAGCAACUUGCGGGGAAAGUCGUCUCCUUUUCAGCUCCGUCAGCUUCUUCCGCUUCUGGCUGUGGAUGCCCGCAUUCAGUGAUCAAGAAACUAAUUGGGUCGUACCGGCGGAUAUGCCAAAGUCAAUAGACUGCACACCCUGCUGAUAGUGAUGUCUGAAUUUGUGGGGACUCAAGUUACUUCAAGAGUUGAUUGUCCAGAUUUUCUUUGGUUGACUUUAGAAUUUACUCUAAAAGCCUUAUCCUCCCGAAUCUGCAAAUGAAAAUCCUAUCCAAAUUACGAUGCGUCACUGUAGAUGUCACUGGCACACUCAUGGCUUACAAAGGGGAGCUUGGUGACUAUUACUGCAUGGCUGCCAAAUCAGUUGGUCUUCCAUGCCCCGACUAUAAACGCGUUCAUGAGGGCUUUAAACUUGCAUAUACAGAAAUGGCAAAAAAUUAUCCAUGCUUCGGACAUGCUGCCAAAAUGUCAAACAUUGUGUGGUGGAAAACUUGCGUGAGAAAUUCAUUUGUCCAGGCAGGUUAUGAGUAUGAUGAAGAGACAUUUGACAAGAUAUUUAGACGCAUAUAUGCAUCUUUCGGUUCAGCUGCACCUUACACCGUCUUUCCAGACUCCCAACCAUUCUUGAGGUGGUUGCGUCAAAGAGGCCUUAAAGUUGGAAUUGUGAGCAAUGCUGAGUACCGAUAUAAGGAUGUGAUUCUUCCUGCCUUGGGAUUAUACCAGGGGUCAGAGUGGGACUUUGGUGUAUUCUCGGGGCUGGAGGGUGUGGAGAAACCAGACCCAAGAAUUUAUGAGAUUGCGCUCGAGAGGGCUGGAAAUAUUGCACCAGAAGAAGCACUGCACAUAGGAGACAGCAUGCGCAAGGACUAUGUGCCAGCAACGAGCGUGGGAAUGCAUGCAUUGUUGUUAGACAGGUUCAAGACGUCCGACGCUGAGGAAUGGAGGAAAUCCGGUGCAGUUGUGCUUCCCGACCUGGUGGCUGCACAAGAAUGGUUGUCCAGGGAUGAGCAAGUUCCAUCGUAGUUUCUCCUAUUUUUUGCAAAAGAAACUGUUGUUGUACGCAUAUCCAUCUCUGUUACUAGUAUUGGGCAGGAGGUGCCAUUCCUAAAAAUUUUUGUUACCUUCUGCAACUUACAGUCUUAAGGAACCAUUUUCUGGGCUUGAUUUCAAUGAACCUUGUGUAACAGAGAGAAAAUUACAUGAGAUUGCAUUCUGGCCAUUUUCUUUUA